GAAGUGACGUUUCUUUAGUGCGUCAGGCCUAGAGUGGCCUCGCUUUCUCGGCUUGGGGAAGAGAUGGCGGAGACUGCAGACAGGAUGGAUGUAUCUCAUGAGGACAAUGCUGGGAAGCCUUCCGCAGAGGACAUGACCUCAAAGGACUACUACUUUGACUCCUACGCCCACUUUGGCAUCCACGAGGAGAUGCUGAAAGAUGAAGUCCGCACUCUAACCUACCGGAACUCGAUGUUUCACAACAAGCACUUGUUUAAAGACAAGGUGGUUUUGGAUGUAGGAAGUGGCACGGGGAUCCUCUGCAUGUUUGCCGCCAAGGCUGGAGCCAAGAAAGUCAUAGGAAUUGACUGCAGUAACAUAUCUGACUAUGCUGUCAAGAUUGUAAAGGCCAACAAGCUCGAUCACAUCAUAACCAUCAUCAAGGGCAAGGUGGAGGAGGUGGAGCUGCCUGUGGAGAAAGUGGACAUAAUCAUCUCGGAGUGGAUGGGUUACUGCUUGUUCUACGAGUCCAUGUUGAACACAGUAAUCUUUGCACGUGACAAAUGGCUGAAACCAAAUGGCUUGAUAUUUCCAGACAGAGCAACAUUGUACAUCACAGCUAUUGAGGACCGACAGUACAAAGACUACAAAAUCCAUUGGUGGGAGAACGUGCAUGGGUUUGACAUGUCCUGCAUCAAGGAAGUCGCUAUUCAGGAGCCUUUGGUGGAUGUAGUGGACCCCAAACAGCUGGUCAGCACUUCCUGCCUUAUCAAGGAGGUGGAUAUGUACACUGUGAAACUGGACGACUUGUCCUUUUCAUCUCCCUUCUGUCUGCAAGUCAAGAGAAAUGACUAUGUCCACGCACUAGUUACCUACUUCAACAUUGAGUUCACAUGCUGCCACAAGAGGACUGGAUUCUCUACUGGCCCAGAGUCUCCUUAUACACAUUGGAAACAGACUGUUUUUUACCUUGAUGACUACCUGACUGUGAAGACUGGAGAGGAGAUAUUUGGCACCAUGAGCCUGAGGCCUAACGCCAAGAACAACAGAGACUUGGACUUCACGUUGAACAUUGACUUCAAGGGUCAGCUCUGCGAGGUCACCAAAACGGCCGAAUACAGGAUGCGUUAGAGGUCGCCUCAGCCCUCACGUGUGCCCAAAGGGGCACUUUUAAUACUGUACAUUCUGUUUGACUUUUGUGAAGUAUUUCUUUGGAUUUCGCUAUUUUUAACAUGACUAAGUGGGGAUACUGUUGGAAUGGAACACCAUGGAGAUAUUGUGCAAUAGUUACAUGGAAUGUGUUGUAUUGGGAAAUCAUGUCCUUUAGAGAUCAAGAAACGGGAUUCCUAAGACAGCAUUGUGGUAUAUUGGUUUAUUUAUACUUGACCUACUGCUCUCCCUCCCUACGUAGAAUCUUAAGUGUUCUGUUCUGUCACUAGUGAAUGUUGGAAUGAAAUGUCAUGCCUUUCAAUAUAACGCCCCCCUAUCCCCAGUUCUGCUUUGCAAGGGCAAGUUCAGAACACACACUGGUAGUACCUGGCUGCCAUAAAGUUGAACCUGUUGAUACCUACACAGGGUAGGAAGGGUUGGGUUCCACAGGUGGAAAUGUGACCCUUAAACUGCUUUGGUACAUGAGCAGCUGAACGAGGGUUGUUGCUGGGUCUGUUGCCACUUCCACUCUGGAAGUUUUCGUUUGAGGGUCUAAUGAGCAUGGUGGCAUAGUCUGACUUUUUUUUCUUUUUUUUUAAAACAAAAAAAAAAAACCUUUUUAAGCACUAUAAAGCUUUUUUUUUUUUUUUUUUUUUUUUUUCCAAAAUUGGUUGACUUUAGACAGUUUUAACUACACUUACUAUUUCAAUUCAUGAGAACGAUAUACAGCUCACUACUGAUUCCCUAAGCUCCAACUGUCAAGGCUGGGUACGGCUCAGCCCUUUUCUCCUCCCAUGUUGGAUUGAUCUACUUGUCCCCUUGACUAAUCUACACUCUGUAGUGCUGUAUGUGGUUGAGGGUGGCACUAGUGGAUCACCCUGUGCCACAUCACAUCCUGUUACUGUAAAGUCUAUUUGCUGAACUGCACAUACCAGGUAUUCUGAGCAUUGGCUGUAGCUGUGGUCUCCUGUUACUGUAAUCAGAAUGGGAACAAUGGUAAGGGUAUUUAACGCUGGUGUAAGGAUGGAAAACAAAAACCAUAGUGAGAUUUUAAAAUAUAUGAGGUUAUACAAUACUGAAGAGAUGGGUAACUUUAUUUUCCAGAAA